AUGGGUCACGGGCAAGCAGGGCUACUUGUGUUGAAUGCUGACAGGAUUACAAUCUUUGAGGUCACGACCAACUCGUUCUCGGACAUCCCUCGAUCUUCGGAGAAGAACAACCCUGCUGGAAGAACUCAUGUACGUGAUAUCAAACACGGUGCUCUUGCGUUCGUGGAAAGUUACGCAUAUAUAUUGAGUAACGGAAGUGACGAUGCUGGCAAACCAGUUGUAAUAUACACUAAGAUCGACUACUUCAUUUGUACCAGAUGUGACGACGACCUCUAUACUGGCAGCUGUGAUCCGGAAGAACCGCUUAACUAA